GAGCAAUUUCGUCUACUGCGAGGCAGUACACCGGUUCGUAGACGAUGCAUUUCCUCCGAACAAAGCAUCGCUGGGGCCAGCGCGACGGUUGCCUCCGGUGGACAUCGCAUGGACUCGUGUGAGCAACAUUCGCGGGCAAGGCCGGAUAACCCUCUUUGGGCAUUCCGCCGCCGGCUCUUCCCGUGAAUAUUCCAGCAACGUGCGGCAAGGCUCCUUGGGCAACUGCUGGCUCAUUGGGGCCUUGGCCUGUGUCGCGGAUUUUCCUGGUCACGUUGAGAUGCUGCUUGAACCUUCAAGUCUGUCGGCAGACGGACGGUAUGUGGUUCAGCUUUACCACACCGAGUCCGGUUGGCGAUCGAUCGAGAUCGAUGACCUGGUGCCCUGCUUCUCCUUACCUGUUUGGGCCGGCCCUGGCACCUUCCUUGCAGGGGACAAACCCUGCUUUUCACAACCUGUGGAAGGUGAAGUGUGGUCCCUGCUCAUGGAGAAAGCCUUUGCCAAGCUGGCUGGGUCCUACGGCGCUUUGGAAGGUGGGGUUCCUGAGCUGGCCUUCCAAGCCCUGACCGGCCAACGCGAGCAACUCCGGUGGCAGCGGGAAGGAGCUCAUUGGAGGAAGCUUCGUUUCAAGACGCCCAUCUGGUCGAAAUCACAUGUCAAAGGUGCCGCACUGGAAAUCACCAACCGGACGCUUCCUCUAGAGCAGUUCUUUCUACGCCUGGCAUACUACGAACAGGCGAACUUCCUCCUGGCCGCUUCCAUAUCCAAAGGGGGCAUGACUGAACGACGCAGGGAUGAUGGCCUCAUCGAAGGCCAUGCAUAUUCGGUGUUGGAGGUUCAAGAAAUACAUAGCUUGCGAUUCAUUCGGCUGCGCAAUCCUUGGGGCAAGGAAGAAUGGAGAGGUCGGUGGUGCCGAGGGUCCGAUGCUUGGAAGCUCCACUCUCAUGUAGCGCGAGACAUCUGCCAACGUGGAGGGCAUAGGCUAGACAGUGGACAGCAGGAUGGAUCUUUUUGGAUGCUUUUCGACGACUUCGCCGCCUCUUUCGAUUCGGUGAACGUUUGCCCUGCCACCAUGCCAGUGCCGAAAGCCUCGCGCUAUGCGAAGUCCAAGAAACGGAGCCAUGCACCGGUCUGCGGGCGCUGCGGUCAGCCGGUGGAGAGUUGCUGGCUCCUUGUUCGUGGCCACGGCACUCAACCGAUCUCGUCGGCCGGUGCACCGGCAGGUCUCGGCUGGGUGCGUCUUGCCGAUGGCGACCUCUGCCAGCUUUGCCUCCGUGCGACAUCGCCGGCCCGACGUGCGUUCUGGCAGGGUGAGCCUGGUGGAAACAGUGGCAUCGCAGGAAUCCGAGAAGUUGAGCUGACUCGGCGUGUACCGGGUAUUGACUACUUUCCCUUCGAAGCUGGAGCUGGGUGCUCUCCCCCUCUGAAGAGACCUCAAUGUGACCUGGGGCCCUCCUGCACACAGCACAGCCCGGCGCACUUUGCAAGCUACGAUCAUCCAUGGAUGAAGCCAACGCCCGAGCUUGUCUUAAGCCGCGGGCCGAAAAAGUCCGCAUUGCACCGCAGGGGCACUUGCCAGGCUGUGCAAUGCCACUAUGUGCAGUCGCAGUUGCAUGCUCGCGCCAGGCAUGCGGAUGGCGAUGCUUGGAAACUCAGCCAAGAAGAUCCAGGUGCGUUACGAGAAUUCAGUUUGACUCAGGAAUUGCAGCUCAUUGCAUCUCCUUGCAGCUGUACAUGUUUCAUGCUUGACCCCUGUCUGCAGCGUGCCUGGCGCGUCUACAUCUUCCGCACCAUCUUCGUCAUGAUCCGAAGCAAGGCCAUCCUCGUCCAGGCGGUUGUUCGCAGGUAUCUUGCCCGCGUCCACCUGUGGAACCGCAUGAAGCCCGGGCAGCGGAAGCGCAGCCGAUUGUUCCGGGCCUACAUCGCCGCCAACCCCGGGGCAGCCACGGAAGACGGCGAGGUGGACUCGGAGGAUGAGCGGGAGGCCGAGGCAGAGCGGCAGAGGCUGGAGAAGCUGCGGGCCACGCGAGAGGAGCAGGAGCGGCAGCGGCGAGAGCAGGAGCAGCGCGACAAGGAGGAACAGGAAAGGCUCCAGAAAGAGGAGGAGGAAGAGAGGAGGAGAUUGGAGGAAGAGAAGAUCCGCCUUGCCAAGGAGGCCGAGGAGCGACGCCUGGAAGAGGAGCGACAGAAGCUGGAGCAGGCGAAGCUCGCAGCCGCCGAGGAAGAGCGGAAACGAGCCGAGGACCUCCGGCAGGAGGCGGAGAAGGCGUGGCAGGAGGAGAAAUCGGCCAUACAAAAGCAGCACAACGAGGAGCUGCGCCAGCUCCGGUCGCAGCUCACCUCGGCCAAAGAUGCUGAGGAGCAGCUGCAGACGCAGCAUGAAGUUGAGGUGGCCAAGUUCAAGCAGGAUGCCGAGACCCAGGGAGCUGAUUUCCAGCGGCAGAUCGUACACAAAGACGUGGGUCACCUUUGUGUUUUCGCGGACGUCGACUUUGCACCCAAGGGCGUAGGUCCCCGCAUGUGCCCCAGCACGGAGAAAGUAAGUGAGAGGUUACUUGGCUUCCUUGUUCCAUCCUCGACUCAUCGAGCCAUGUUCUGGUGCUGUGUGGAAAGCUCGCCAAGCCCGAAGGCGGCCCAUGUGGAAGAUCCAGGAGUCGCAGAGGAGGCCCCUGAGGUGGGGUUGGAGGAGAUACCCUCCCGUCACAGCAGCCAGAUCUCCGUGAAUGCGAUGCCAGUCCUCAGCGACGAGGAUCAUCUCCGCAUGCAACAGGCUCGAAUCGGUGAGACGUGCGAGACCAAGGAUGUGGAAGUCGUCGACCUUCCGGUGCACACGAAGGAGUCGCUGUCCACAGAAGACUCCGGCAGGAAACUGGGUCGCAGAAGCAAGCUCCUUGGCCGGGCGGCGGACGCUCGGUGGAAGCUUCGUCGAAGCGAGCUCGAGAUGCAAAGAGAGCUCAGCCGAACGCUGAAGAGCACACUGUACCUGGCUACAUGGAAAGGUACAGAUGUUGUGAUGAAAUGCGUUGAGGUCCCGGAGACUUAUGAUAGGAAAGACGAACCUCAGCGAAAAAGUUCCAAGGAGAAGUUCGAUUUAACCGCCUCACGUCCGCUCCAUGCCUCGGAGGUCAACCAGGACCUCCUGGAAGAGUUGCUGCACGAGAUCGAGCUCCUUUCCUCCCUACGGCACCCAGACUUGGUCCUGUUCAUUGGAGCCUGCUUGGACAGGGACUCUCCUGUCUUGUGCGUCACAGAGUACAUGCCUGGUGGAGAUCUGGAGCGCCACUUCAUGGCCAUGCGAAAGAAGCACCAGACGCCCACCUGGCGACCGCAAUUCCAUCAGGUCUUGGAGUGGAGUCUAGCGGUUGCGCGUGGCCUCAGCUUUCUGCACACCCGAGAGGAGCCUAUCGUUCAUCGGGACCUCAAGCCGCUCAACCUGUUGCUGACGAGACACGGCGAAGUGAAGAUAGCAGACCUUGGCAUUUCGAAGAUGAUGGCAGCCGUGGUCGGUGACGUGUACAUCAUGACCGGUGGAGUUGGCAGUUGGCUAUACAUGGCGCCCGAAGUCGUCAGGCAUCAGCAAUACAACGAGAAGGUGGAUAUCUAUGCUUUUGCCCUCAUCAUGUUCUUCAUGAGCUCCGGACGGCACCCUUUCCACGAGAUAUCCAAAGAUCCAGAAGUUGUUUUGAGAGAGUUCUCUCUGGGCAAGGAGCCGAGGCCAAAUGUUACAGAGUGCCAUGCCGCGCUGCGGGGGCUGAUGGCUGAAAGUUGGCAUAUCAGCCAUCAGCAGCGGCCAUCUGCUCAGAAGAUUGUCCUCCAAUUGCGCGAGGCUGCGGACAACUACACGCCACCUGCGUGCUUCUGCGGCAGAGCUUGA